AUGGUAAACAAUGAUGAUUUGGCGAGUGUGAAAGGAUUUGUAAAGGUAUAUUGUAUAAGAAUUAGUAUUGAUAAUUAUAAAUGGACAGUAGAACAUCGAUACAGCGACUUUGUCAAGUUCGAUGCAAAACGUUUUGAAGAUCGCAAGAAAUCUUUCCUUCCACCAAAGAAACUUGUCGGUAACAUGGAUCCUGAAUUUCUAGAAGAAAGGCGUAUCGAGCUUGAGAAAUACAUUCGAACUGUUGUGGAACUUGAACUUUGGCUAUUAAAAAAAAGAAAGCAAUUCAUAUUGCCUAGGCUUUUAGCACGUUUUCUGGAUUUUCAUCAAUAUGUUAGUUGA